ACAUUGCUCUCCCUUGUUGUGAGCAGUCCUAGUAGUGCAUGAGAGGUUGCAUUCCCACCACAGCUGCGCUUAAGCGCGGCGCAAGCCAAGGGACAUGUCAUUUGGAUUUAGUCCGUCCGAUGUCAUAAAGUUGCUGGAGGUUUCGACGCGCGUGUACAUCGCUUUCAAAGAUGCAAACGAGAACUCCGAAGCGCAGGUGGAAGCUCUCGUGCGCGAGUUCACCACCUUCCACCAAUGUCUCACCGAGCUGGAUGAGCUUAUGAAGGAAUAUGGGAAGCCGCUGCCAUUUCCAUGUAAAGAUUUUGAAGUGACGCUGGAGAAGUGCGAAAGGUCUCUGGAACCAUAUGCAGAAAACCUGGUUGAUAAGAAGAUGGGAAUUAGGAAGUUUUUAUAUACCAUUAAGUAUAUGGGCAAGGAGAAAGAGAUUGAGGGCUUGAGGAAGCAGAUCUCCGGCCACUACCAGGCGCUGCACAUGUGCAUCUCUUUCCUACAACUGCGGCUCCACCUCGACGCAACCAAGCAGACUCAACGACUUCUUGAUGCACCCCCCUUUCGAGCCAUGAGUCUUGGAGGCCGAUCCUACACUAACAACGCGCUAGGAAGCUCGUCGCAAGGCACUCCACUAGCCCUACCUGCUCCUGAUGAACAUCCACUAUAUAGUGAAUGGAGGAUUUUCGACCGCUGGCUACAAAGCGAAGACGACCGCGUUGCGCAGGAGGCAGGUCUCACGCGACCGUUGUCGUUGGGGGACACACCCGCUGCUGCACCAAGUGGCGAUGUUGAGACGGCAGCUAUAUUGUAUCACUUGCGAAGACAGGUCGACGAUGCUAUUCUAAUCGAGGAGAAUCGCGUCAAGCGUACUACCGCUGAGAAGCGAUCGCAUCUUGCGCCUAGUGAUGCAAUGAAACAAAAGGUUAGAGGCAUGCCGCCCGCUCCUCAACGGACAUAUACCCUUGACACAGAACAUUCGGGCAACUUUUCAGGAUUUGAACAGCACCACAUGAGUAGUUCCUCGACUACCAUCCGACCAGGUUCAAGCACACCGUUGUCCCCCGUACCGCCUUCGGGGAGUCCGCGCAUCGAGUCAUCCUACUUUAGUUCCAUGGAUUGGGCACAAUCUCCUACCGAUACUACAAUCACCCACGACAUAGGAAACAACAGAUCGUCCGUCUCAACGACACGCAGUAGCUUCAGUAACUCGCCCGACUCCCGCCUCUCGGUAUCUGGUCUCGGCCUAAGCACAGCAGGCACCACACCCGAGAGUGCACUAUCACGUCCCUUACGACACAGGCUUUCUGUCACUUCCCUUGCAACCAUCGCGCUGGGAGAAGGUGCGAUGGAAUGGAACAGUCUCUGUCGUAAGGUUCAGGUCGAACGCCAAUCUGCGGAACACGUACACGGUCGUGAGCGCAUUGUCGUUGAAACCAAAGAAUGCGAUGUGCAUUGGCGAUACCGAGAAGACACUGGUAUCUCACUACGUACUUUAUACCGCUCAAGUAAAGACAAUAAGCCAAGACCCUGGACAAUGCAGCAUUUCCCUGCUACGGGUCCAUCGAUACCGCUCACAACAACGUACGCCGAUGGUGAGGUAUCGGUGGACUUCCCACGAGGAUCUUUUGGCAAACUAGAUAAGCACUGGACGGAAAUCAAAUACACAUUCAAUGGUUAUGAUUCAGCAGAAAAGUUUCAAACGCUACUCUACACCAACAACGGCACCGACUCCGCAGAACUAAAGUACGACCGACCUAUAUUGAGUAUAUCGUCCAACAAGAAUUCUCCCGAAUGUCGAGGACGAAACCUUCGCCUGUGGAGACGAAGUGAAACUCACUUGGAGCAAAAUGGCCCGGUGACAUUCAAUGCCCUUGUGCUGCUAUUCUAUACCAGUGCACUGGACAAGGGCCACUGGGUCGAAGAGCCACACUACGCAUUCGAAUGGCUGGCCGACUCGAUCUUCAAGAAAGACAGCGAUAAACUCACCCUAGUCUUCUCCAAAGACCCGGCGAAAUGGACAUCAGAUAAACUCUUCCAGCGUCGGAAAUCCUCCAACAGCUCAGUCGCUAGCAAUCCUGCCACGCCCCGGAGUCCAACCUUCUCGCGGAAACGCAAUGACUCAAUGGAGAUUCCUGGGAUGGCUCGCUCAGGUACAGAUGUUUCCGUAGCAUCUUCGGCGAUCUCGAUUACGUCGCGGAGUGUUUUCGGCAGAAGUAAUGGUAGCGUGAGUUCCAGAGCAGGAAACCUAAACCGAUUUGGGUACUCGGAGUUGGAUAUCAAGUUCCAGAAUAGGGAGGAUAGAAGGGCGUUUCUGGAUGUAUGGAAGGAAUAUGUUAAACCGCUAGGGGCGAACGCUACAACCUCCUGUGGUUAGGAUGGUACUUACGGGCCAAAAACAAGGAACAUAGAGGUGUUCUCAAAGGGCAGAGAUGCAAAACCAUCGUCCGACGAAAAGUAUACCCACUCUUUUUAUCUUGCAAGAACAGAGUAUUUGGAUCUCUUCUUUUUCAUCACAAUUUUAAUUUACUAUUUGUCGUCUCACUCUUGUCGAGUAUACCGGGCGU